ACCGCUAGAACACAGGUCAAACAUAUAUGACGAAACCUUGAACUGUCUGGUUGGUAUACAUCAAGUAAUAGCUGACUUGUGAAUCAGUCAUAGUGAUAAGAGAGAACAUGUCAAAAGUAUUCAGUGAGUGCUUGGGGUUUAACGUCGUGCUCAACAAUUUUUCAAUCACAUGACGGUGAUCAAAAGGAUUGAACUAUUACAGCUCUGGAAAUCUAUUCAGCAUACACUUAUGCAAGGCAAGCCAGAAAGAACUGGCUACCAUUGACAUGUAUUCUGGGUGUGUAUUUUGGUUGAGGUGAACCGUGGGUCCAUUUAGGGAAUAACCAAUAAUCUUUUAGAUCUUCCGAUGUCCAAUAGCACAGGACAUGCAGUCUCACAGCCAGGCUAGAGCAAUUCGCCAGCUGGUUGGCUGCCCCAGACAGGCAGACUCAUAGGAUGGAGCCUCUUACGAAGCAGGGGCAUCUGUAUCCUUUUGAUAAUGAUUUAACUGGCCGGGGCUGUACCCUGGGACAUGCAGCCGACGUGCACUUCACAAAGACAGCGAGCCCACGACUCGACUAACUGCAGCAGUAGCUGGUAUGCAUGUGUAAGAGAGACAGGGGGAAGGGCUUUAAAGUGCUAUGGCUACAUGCGUAUGUGUAUUAUAAGGCUCACGUUGCCCCUGUCUAGGGGAAUUGUCAUUCGUCUUCUGUCAGGGACUGGUUAGACAGGAUUGAGGGGAUCUGGAGGAGAUAUGAACUAAAACAUUGCACCCUCAGGGUGGUGAGGAGAACGGAGGACUGACACAUGCAUCAGGCAGAACAAGCUGUCAUCUGAUGAACAUUACAUCUGCUUGUCACAGUUUACUGGUGAAUAUCACAGUAAAGAAUCCUCACCCUGGCUGAGUGACCUAGAGCUCUUAAGGAUCGGCACUAUAGGUCCCCUUGAUGACCUGAUCAGGAGGUACCAGGAACACAGGUCUCUAGGGGUCAGAAGCUAAAUAUGCUGACCUCGCCAGUAUCCUCCACAGCUGUCAAGUAUGACAACUUGCGACUGGAGAAAGGGGGACUAAAGAGCGCUAAAGACGGAAUAGACAAGCCACUGAAGAAAAAGAGUGAUGAAGACUAUGUGGGGUUUGCCACAUUACCAGACCAGGUGCACAGGAAGGCUGUGAAGCGAGGUUUUGAUUUUACCAUUAUGGUUGUGGGUAAGUGAAACUGGACUGGGAAGUCCACCUUGAUGAACAGCCUCUUCCUGACUGAUCUCUACAAGGACAGGGAAAUCCCCAGGGUGGAAGAAAGGAUAACCCAAACUGUACGGAUAGAGAAGAAGAGCCUGGAAAUUGAGGAGAAGGGAGUCAAGUUACGACUAACAGUAGUGGAUACACCAGGGUUCAAUGAUGCCGUCAAUGGACAUGAAUGUUGGAAACCGAUUAUAGACUAUGUGGAUGGGCAGUUUGAACAAUAUUUUCAAGACGAAACUGGGUUGAACCGAAGAAAUAAAGACAAUCGAGUUCAUUGCUGUAUAUAUUUUAUAUCACCGUAUGGUCAUGGUCUUCGCCAAAUCGAUGUGGAGAUGAUGAAGCAGCUUCACACUCGUGUUAAUAUCGUCCCCGUCAUCGCCAAAGCUGACUGCUUAACACACCUCCGAAAUCAGGAAGUUAAAGGCCAAGGGUAUACUAUUCUAGACGAGAUAGAGAAAAACGACAUCCACAUUUAUGAGUUCCCUGAGUGUGACAGUGAUGAAGAUGAGGAUUUCAAGCAACAGGACCAGGAGCUGAAGAAAUGCAUUCCCUUUGCUGUGGUUGGCUGUAACACAGUGGUAGAGGUCAAUGGGAAGAGGAUACGAGGUCGUGUGUAUCCCUGGGGGAUUGUUGAAGUGGACAACCCUGAGCACUGUAAUUUUGGCCAGCUUAGACAAAUGUUGAUAAGCACACACAUGCAGGAUCUGAAAGAUGUAACGAUGGAUGUCCACUACGAGACUUACCGCGCCAAACACAUUGCAGCACAGAUGACGAAUAACCAGCGAGAGCGCAGCAAACUGAAGAGAGAUUCUGCUGCAAACUUUGAGGCUGUCAUGGAUACCGAGAAAUUACUCGCUCAAAAGGAGGCUGAGAUACAACGCAUGCAGGCUAUGUUAGCCCAGAUGCAGGUGAAGUUAGGCGACCAGUCAACGAGCAGCCCCAAUGGCAGCGCCCACAGAGCGCCCAAUAUGAGCCCUCAUCAUGUGGUCAAUGGGAUGAACAACUCCCGCUCCAGAGCCUACCCUAAUCACUCCUAAAACUGCACCCGUGUACCGACAGUCUGUUGGGGUGGGGAAGACACUACUUUUGGGUGACAUUGGAGAGACACUCAGAGACAAUCAACAAUGAUGAUGUCACCAUUUUUGUACACCUGGAUCAAAUUGUUACGUAAAGUUGCACUUGCCAUGGUACAGUUGUCAUGGCUGCAGUUGUCAUGGCCUACAGUUGCCAUGGCUGCAGGUACCAUGGACUCCAUCUGCUGUGGUCUCCAUAUACAGUUCCUGUAGCAGAGGGUUCCAUUGGCAUAUACGUGUACAUGUAAGCUUGGAAAAGAAAACCUUCUUAACCACGUCCUGUUCACACAUUGUUCAUAUAUCUGAGUCUCUUGAAGACAUGUACUAAUAUCCCAAGACCGUAUUGCAGUUAUUGGGAGUCAUCUUUUUGUAUUGGGAUAAGGGUUGGAACAAAUGCAACUAAGGUAAAAAAAAUGCAGCCUUGUCUGACCUUUGCAUAAACAGAUAGUUUGGCUCAGGUGACUUGAUGGUUGAUUGAUGGUUGAUUGAUAACUGAUGGAUCAGGACCGCAUGUAUACCGAGUCUGUUUUCAGAAUGACCAAAUUUCUUGAGUCUGCCUCCAUCAUUCACUGCAACCAACUGAAGCCUUUUGAAAAUUGAUGCAGCCAUUACGACAUAUGCCACACAUGUAUCUUAUUAUGUAAACAGUCAUGUUCAAAUUGCCAGUGAAAUAAAAUUUAAACUGGAAAAGAUGGAGAAAACAACAUGACUUGUUGUAAAGCUAGAUUUUACACAGCAAGCCGUGAGAAAUGUGGAAAGCCGUUGGCAUAAUUUCUGUUAUUACUGUUUGAUAUUUCUUAAUUUGUGACAACCUGAAUUUGUUAUAUUAUUUUACAUUGUUGUUAUUUUUUUUAACUCAUUAAAAGUUGAUCAUUAAAAUUCAUUAGAUCCACCUGUAACUGAUGCACAUCAGACCACUCAUUGUUCUGUAACCUCAGCUGUACAGAUCAGAACAUUUUUACUAAUAAUAUCUGCAUAUCAUAUGCACCUGGAUGUCCCUUAUCUGCCUUUGAUGGGUAAACUCUGGCGAAUGGUGGAAAGUCGAGUGAGAUGUCGCCAGAAUUUUCAUUUGAGAAUCCUCUGAAUAUUUUGGAUGUCCAUGGAACAUGUGUAAUAUGCUAAGGAUAAUGUCCAUGGAACAUGUGUAAUAUGCUAAGGAUAAUGUCCAUGGAACAUGUGUAAUAUGCUAAGGAUAAUGUCCAUUGAACAUGUGUAGCAUGCUAAGGAUAAUGUCCAUGGAAAGCAACAUCAACAUUUCCUGAGAGCUGCUGCAAAUUUGUGUGUGUGGAUUUACUUCAAACCAAUCCUUGUUACAAAUACCUGAUUGACAGGUAAUCUAAAUUAGGUUAUUGCGUUAGACAUUCAAAUUUGACCUCUUUUGUGGUAUGCUCCUCAACUGAUGUUUAAUUGUUUGAAUUACUUUCCUGUCAGGUAGUAUACUGUUCGUUUAAGUAACUCAAGUUAUUCAUUAAAAGUUUGCAAGUAUAUGAAACUCAUAAUGGUUGAUAUUUUACUUUUUUUAAAAUACGUAUAAUUUCAUUUUUGUAUCUUUGAGUAACAAAGUUUCUAUCUUUUAUAUUUAUGAGGUUUUUUCUGUUUUGGAACAAAAAUGCCCAUAUUAAAUUUUUCUUGAAAUACAUGUAGGGUCUCUUCCAAUGUCACAUUGCUGACAUAUCUGCUGCAGUUUUUCACAUUAUGCAUGAAAUCUUUCCUUCAUGGAAGGAUUCACGCUAUUCAUCUAAAACAUACACCACAAAACAGAACCUUGUCUAUGCCAAAUACUCCAGGGAAUGUCUGCAGCAACCUGUGGAUGGUCAUGGGUCCCCCCACCCCCACCAAGGCUCCACCUGGUUUCCUCCCACCAUAAUGUUGACCACCAUCAUGUAAGUGAAAUAUUCCUGAGUAUGGCGUAAAGCAACACUCAGAUAAAUACACCCAGAUACUUCUGGUGUCCAUAAUAAUGUUUUCAGUUACUGUACCCUGUUUCUAUAUUUGAAUCAUGGAAGUUGUAUCACUCCUUAUUGACAGUUAUAUGCAUUCUACUGUUGACAUGGCCAUACGCCUUACAUGUUGACAUCAACAUAUGUUUUUGCCUGUUGGGAGUUGCACAUAUGUAUAUGUAGGCCAGAUUAUCUAUUUAUUGGUUUAUUCUGAACUAGGUGUCUGUGUGUUAAUCUUUGUACUCGGUGUGGAUUAUGCUAUUUAAUUUUGGGGUGAAUUAUGAAUAUUGUUUGUUAAUAAAUUUGAGGAUUGUGUAUUGUCUGCUUAGUUAAUAUCAUUUUUUGGUGUAGUUUGUGGAAAAAUGUUAUCUUGUUUGCAUGUUACCAUUCUCUGCAUUUAAAUAAUGAAUACCUGCUUCUGGCAAUUUAUUGCAAUACACAGAUUUCAUAACAUACAUGACACCGUUUGAGCAGCGUCAAAUAUAUGUGCGCAGCAAAUCUUAAAUUCCAUCUCAAUUCAGUCAGAUAAAGUAGCCACUUCCUGUUCUGACAUGUGACUUAUAUUGACCAAUCAAAGAUGAGCAUUACGAGCAGGCGUUACUUAGGAUGUAGUUAGGGACUGGCUACUAGAUCUGACGCAAUGGAGGUUGACAUUUGAACAUUAUUCUCAAAGUAUAUGCUGCCUUUUCUGAUAACAUUCCUUGUCUCUUAGAAAUUCAUAGUAAAAAUUCACCUGAAAAGCAUAUCCCAAAAACUGUUUAGUCAUAGGUUGACAUUUAGACAUUAUUCUCAAAGUACAUGCUUCCUUUUCUGAUAACAUAAUUUGUCUCUUAGAAAGUCAUAGUAAAGAUUCACCUGAAAAGCAUAUCCCAAAAGCUGUUUAGUCUUACCAACUCUUUCACGUACAUGUUUGUCAAACAUAUAAGACUGUGUUUUCUAGUGUGUUUCAUGUUUUAUACAUUAUGUUUUUCAUUUUUAAUUCGUUUUAAUGUUAUUCCUCAGUUUUUUUCCUGUACCUUUUCCAUCAUAGAAUAUGUUCAUUCCGUUUGUUACAAACUGUUGACACCCAUUACAAAAUGUCGUACCCUUUUUGGCUCAGAUUCAUUCACUUUAAGCCAAAUACCACCUACAACUAAGCUCAGUCUUUUAAAAAAAAUUGUUACAAAAAUUUAGAUUUUUUCUAGAAAAAACACUUUAUUUUGAUCUCUACAAAUAUGUUACUGUUGAUGGUUAUCUGUUCCCAGGUAGAGUUCUGCCAUUCGUUACGUGGCCAACAGGUCUUGUAUAUUCUCUGUCUGAAAGAAAGCAAAUUUUACCUUAAAACCCCAUGCCUUUACCUCCACUGUACAGGAAACCGUUUCUACCUAAAUAAACUUUGUCGAAAUUCCUACCA